AUGGCCAUAGGCGACCCGACCAGCCCUACCUAUGGACAGCACCUGUCGAAAUCCCAGGUCGCACAACUUGCAGCUCCUGCUCCGGAAAGCAUGGCAGCAGUCACGGGAUGGCUGCAGGACCACGGCCUCACCCCGGACGCCGUCUCCUCUUCUGGGGACAUGCUCACGGUCCGCAUGUCGCUCGAGAAAGCCAACUCGGUCCUGAACGCCAACUACUCCGCGUUCGUGCACACGGCCACGAAUACCACGAUGUGGAGGACACUUUCCUACUCUGUGCCCGCUCAUCUUGAUGAACAUCUAUCCUUUGUGUACCCGACCACUCAAUUCAUUCCGCCUCCUGUCGCUCCAGCGAUGACGCGCAUGACGGGGCUCGCUGCUCGACUUCCGUCGAAGAGAAGUGACCAGUCAACGAGCUGCGCGGAGAUGAUGACGCCCAAGUGCCUUCAGGCGCUCUAUAACAUCCCUGCCACGCCGGCUACCGCUGCAGGAAACGGCAUCGCAAUCGGCGGCUCUUCAGUGCAAGUCGCAGACCUCGACGAUUUGAGGGCAUUCCUCUCCCAGGAGCGACCAGACAUCGGUGACGUUGCAUUCACGCUGCAGUCAGUCAAUGGCACUAUAAUUCAGGGAAACGGCACAGACUCGGCAUCAACGGCUGUUAGUGUGCAGUACGCUGUCGGAUUGGCAACGAACGUGUCCACGACAGUCAUAUACCCAGGACCCCAGGAUGACGCGGACGGAAUCCAGGGCCUUCUCGACAUCACGAACUUUCUCCUCGCUCAAGACACUCCGCCACUUGUGUUCCUAACAAAUGUACAAUACAACGAGGCUGCGUUCCAGCAGGCCCCUGAAAUUGCGCAGUCUCUUUGCAAUGCGUUUGCGCAGCUUGGCGCGCGUGGAAUAUCGGUCAUCGCUGCGUCCGGAAACAGUAACCAAUCUGGAACGGGAUCAUGUAAUGGCGAUGCUUUUCAUGCCAUGUUUCCUGCCUCAUGUCCCUAUGUGACAGCCGUAGGCAGUACGCGAGGGAUCAACACUGAGAACGCUGCAGAUUUCUCCUCCGGCGGCUUCUCGGACGUGUUCCUUCGCCCUGCGUACCAACUCGACGCUGUAGCUGGUUACAUGAAACAACUAGGAAGCGCAAACGCAAGUUCGGUGAACACCACCGGUCGUGCCUAUCCAGAUGUUUCGGCACAAGGUUCUCAAUUCGUUGUCGAGGUCAACGGGCCACCCCAGACCUUCAACAGUACGAGUGCCUCGAGUGCGACGUUCGCAGCCGUGGUCGCGCUCCUCAAUGAUCGCCUGCUCAACGCCGGAAAACCCCCUCUAGGGUUCCUGAACCCGCUCUUGUACUCCAAGGGUCUUCCGGCUCUGAAUGACAUCGUUUCCGGUAGCAGUAGCCCGAGCUGCGGCGCUCGGGAUGGCCUCGCCGCGACCCCAGGAUGGGAUCCGGCUACUGGGCUCGGCACUCCGGAUUUCCAGAAGUUGCUCGCGAUUGUGGUGGGGAGCGACGCGGAUGCCGACAGGUCUGGGACUGUGACGGCUGGUCGCCGGUCCUCCUCAGAACCGACGACUGACGUUACAAGGGGCUCGAGUUUGGAGGGCCUGUUUCCCUUCGCAACCCCGCCAGAGGACUCCGAGCAACUGCGCUCCACAUGA